AUGCGGGAGUUUUACAACUGCUCAAACAUGCUGUCAACUACAUACGAGUUGGGUGUGACAGCAAUGGCUUAUCCAGGAGCGAGCAACCAUCUCAGCUGUUAUGCACAAGCGCAUCAUCACACAGCCAGAGUCAGCAACCCUUCCAUCAUCAAGCUGUCAAUGAUAUGGACCAAGCAGAGUGCAGGUAAAUACUUACUCUUUCCCUAACGAUGUAGUGCCCUACAGAAGAGUUCGGCCCAUGGACCAAAUUCGGCCCGCAGGUGAUUUUAUUUGAACCCCCAUUUUAUCAAAUACAUUUUCAUUGUUGGACAUGAAAUAAUUUAAAAUCAACAGGAUAUCAACUGAUUUUAAUUGAGGAAAUAUUUUCCUAAGUGUUCCCACCCAUAAAUAGAGACAUAUGUUAUCAUAUCCCAAUGUAAUCAAGGUUUGAAAUGAUUAUGUUUUUGUCAAUUACUAUAUCUUUGUGCUUCUUGACGUCAAUUAGCAGUGUCUUAUUAUUGUUAUUAAUAAUUGUUCCAGCCCCCCGACCAUCCGCUCAAGAAAGAAUCAGCCCACAUCUGAAUUUAGUUGGGGACCCCUGGCCAGUAUAGACAGUACUGACAAGUUAUCUCAAAGAGUGAAAUUAUAUAUCUGUUGAGAUCCUAUAGGGUCGUUCCAUUUGAUUUCAAUCACUUUUUGACUGCACCCCUUUUGAUUUGAACAAAACUUUCUAUACAUAUUUGCCCAUGGUAGAAGUGGUCAGAAAGUAACUUUUUGGACCUGAAUGCCAAAACAUUUAGAAAAUGGAAGUGCUCAAAGUUGACCCAUUUUGCAUACACUACCCUACCAUGAGACAUCCAUGUCUUUAUCACUGGAAAAGAUAAACAGUCGAGUUUGAUAUCAUUUAAAAGCUUACAAACAGGGUUGUCAAACUAUUUAAUAAUUUAAUGAAACAUAAAACAAAUAUAUAUAAUCAUGUCAUUUUUAAACCUUUAACUUCAAUUAUCAAAAAAGUAUUUACUUUUUGCAUAUGUUGUAGUUUAGACCCUAUUUUACAUAAUCUGAGGUGUUUGUGUUGUGUCCGUCAUCGGUUAAGACACAGCAUGCUCUUGAAUACAGAGUGGGUGUCAUGUUGCUGUCUCGACCUCUGAAUGCUCGGCUAUGAAAAGCCAACUGACAUUUACUCCUGAAGUGCUGACCUGUUGCACCCUCUAUAACCACUGUGAUUAUUAUUGACCCUGCUGGACAUCUAUGAACGUUUGAACAUCUUGAAGAACGAUCUGGCCUUAAUGGCCAUGUACUCUUAUAAUCUCCACCCGGCACAGCCAGAAGAGGACUGGCCACCCCUCAGAGCCUGAUUCCUCUCUAGGUUUCUUCUUAGGUUCCUGUCUUUCUAGGGAUUUUUUCCUAACCACCAUGCUUCUACAUCUGCAUUGCGUGCUCUGGGGUUUUAGGCUUGGUUUCAGUAUAAGCACUUUGUGACAACUGAUUAUGUAAAAAGGGCUUUAUAAAUACAUUUGAUUGAUUGACUAAAAGGGAAAUAAAAUGUACAUUUCAACUUUAAAAUUGUAGCACAAAGAUGGAUGGAGGUCCAUACAUCAGAGAAUGUUGAAUUGAAUGGGAAUAUCAGUUGUUUUAAUUAACCUGUCAAUCUUCCAUAGGAAACCUAUUGAAAUCAUAGAAAUAUAGAUCAUAGAAUAGACAUUUCAGUUUAAGUUGACAUUUGACGGUGGGUGGACCGGCAGCCUUCUUUGUGGUAGUAAUUGGGAGAUUGAAUGUCAAUUCAAUUUACGUUUCAAUGAUGUACCAGCUAAAUUGCAGUGGUCUGCAAUUCUAUGAAUUGUAUUUCUAUGAUUGAAUGACAUGCACCCUUAUUUAAGAGUAUGCUGUCUCAACCGAUGGCGGGCACAACACAAAAACCUCAGAUGGUGUAAAAUAGGUUUUAAGCUACAACAUACAGUAUGUGUAAAGCAAAAUAAUCGGAGUUUACGCGUUUUUAGAUAAUUCACGUAAAAAAAAGUACAUAGUUUUUAUAAAUAAAUAAAUAAAUCAAGAAAUUAUAAAAUAGUUUGUCAACCGUGUUUGUAAGCUUUUAAGUGAUAUCAAACUCAACCGUUUAUCUUUUCCAGUAAUGAAGACAUGGAUGUCUCGUGGUAGGGUGGGGUAUGCAAAACAGGUCAACUUUGAGCACCUCUAUCACCUAAAUGUUUUGGCAUUCAGGUCCAAAAACUCACUUUCUUAUAACUUAUCCCAUAAGUAAAUAUGUAUGGAAAGUUUUGUUCAAAUCAAAGGGGUGCGGUCAAAAAGUUAUUGAAACCAAAAGAACGACCCUAUAAUAAUGGGUUACUGAUUUUCUGUGAUGGGGAGUAGUGAACUACAUGUAGCUCAACUAGUAAUUCAAAUACAUUUAGCUGUAGUUUGGUGGUGGUAGUUGAACUAAAUUCAAAUCUUGGUAGUGUUUUCAGUAGUUACCCACUGGGCACAGACGUCAAUUCAACGUCUAUUCCACUUUGGUUUAACGUAAUUUCAUUGAAAUACUGUGGAAGCAACGUUGAUUCAAACAGUGUGUGCCCAGUAGGUAAUUACUUUUUUUGCCAUGUAGUGGUGUAGCUAACUACUGGAACUACACACUACAUUUUUGCAAAAAGAACAGAAAAUAUGGUUAAAGUAGGCAAGAUUUCCUGUCUUUUUCAGCAUCUGACCUGUUUACACUGAUUGAAGUGGAUUUAACAAGUGACAUCAAUAAGGGAUCAUAGCUUUCACCUGGAUUCACCUGGUCAGUCUAUGUCAUGGAGAGAGCAGGUGUUCCUAAUGUUUUGUACACUCAGGGUAUAUUUUCAGAGUAGCUUCCCCAACACUGCUGAUUUUGUAUUCAAACUAGGCUUGUAUACAGAACAUGAAAUUAAGCUAUUAUCUUUGAUUCAGACAUUUUGUUAUGCAUACUAAGUGGACUUCAAAUGGAAUUCCCAAUAAUACUCCAUCCAAACAACUAAUUUAAUCAUAGACUAAAUGUAGGAACUUGGAGCUGAAUAGUCAGUGGAAUUGGUUUGAAAGCAGAUAUUAAGAUGGACUACACUUCUACACUUCACUACACUACUGUACAUUAGACCUACACUACACUACACUACUGUACAUUAGACCUACACUACAUUACACUACUGUACAUUAGACCUACACUACACUACACUACUGUACAUUAGACCUACACUACACACACUACUGUACAUUAGACCUACACUACACAACACUACUGUACAUUAGACCUACACUACACUACUGUACAUUAGACCUACACUACACACACUACUGUACAUUAGACCUACACUACAUUACACUACUGUACAUUAGACCUACACUACACUACACUACUGUACAUUAGACCUACACUACACUACACUACACUACUGUACAUUAGACCUACACUACACUACACUACACUACUGUACAUUAGACCUACACUACACACACUACUGUACAUUAGACCUACACUACACACACACUGUACAUUAGACCUACCACUACACUUACAAACUACUGUCAUUAGACCUACACUACACUACUGUACAUUAGACCUACACUACACACAAUAUGUACAUUAGACCUACACUACACUACACUACUGUACAUUAGACCUACACUACACAACACUACUGUACAUUCGACCUAACUACACUACACUACUGUACAUUAGACCUACACCUACACUACACUACUGUACAUUAGACCUACACUACACAACACUACUGUACAUUAGACCUACACUACACUACACUACUGUACAUUAGACCUACACUACACUACUGUACAUUAGACCUACAUUACACUACACUACUGUACAUUAGACCUACACUACACUACUGUACAUUAGACCUACACUACACGACACUACUGUACAUUAGACCUACACUACACUACUGUACAUUAGACCUACACUACACUACACUACUGUACAUUAGACCUACACUACACUACACUACUGUACAUUAGACCUACACUACACACACUACUGUACAUUAGACCUACACUACACUACACUACUGUACAUUAUACCUACACUACACACACUACUGUACAUUAGACCUACACUACACUACACUACUGUACAUUAGACCUACACUACACUACACUACUGUACAUUAGACCUACACUACACUACACUACUGUACAUUAGACCUACACUACACUACACUACUGUACAUUAUUCCUACACUACACACACUACUAUACUCCUGGUGCUGGGGAGAAAAUAAAAACAUAGAACGUUGUUCAUACACAGUUGUCUUAAGUGAUUAAGUGCUCUUUUGCACAUGUUGUAUGUUUUGAGAAAAGUUAUACAGAUGAGCGUCAACUAUCAAAACACUGUGUAAUGCAGUGGUAAUAUUUAACAAUGUCCCUGUCAGACCUACAGUAGAAUUGACAUCACAGGAGGUUGGUGGCAUCUUAAUUGGGGAUGACUAACAUGUGCUAAUAGCUGGAGCGGAAAAUGGAGAAUGGUAUUAAAUACAUUUUCAUGUGUUUGAUGCCAUUCCAUUAUUACGAGUCAUCCUCCCCUCAGCAGCCUCCACUGAUUGACAUGAUGCAAUGUGUUGUCUGGUCUUCACAGGAAAAAGUUGAUCUCUGGGAUGGAGGACCUUCUCUUCUACACCAUUACAGAGGGCAAAGAGAUGAUCCCUGUCUCUCAGUUCAUCUCUGUGAGUCUCCAUCUCAUCACAUCCACCCUCACUGUGUGCCACCAAACAACACUAACCUAUACAGUGUUUUUUCCCCUCUAGUUUAUUUAACCUAUUUUCCUUUUUUGCUGGAAUGCAUAUUGACAACUACCCCAGCUUUCCAUGACAUCCUUUUAAAGUUGACACAACAUGUACUGCACCACAACACAUUCUAGUUCCUAAAGGGGCCCUUGGGCUUGCUGUUUUCAAUUGAGCUAAAUGCACACCGAAGGAAUCCCAGGGAGUGUAAGACGAGCCAAGGCAGGAAUCAAUCACACCAUGUCACGAGCCCAGUCCAGGCUCAGGUUUGAAAAGUGUUGAGGAAACGCCUUAUGUAACUUUAUGACUAAUAGACAGGUGUAGCUGUUGUUAAUGAGGCUAGAAGUGAAUUAUCUGAACUCUUUACACUCAUGGGGAUUGGCCUAAAUGGAUAGGGCCAAACUGAAAUGUUUUUUUACAGAAGAAAUAUGAAAUGCAUAAGCGUGGUGGCAAUUGAAAGGGAACUGUUUGGAGAUUGUGGGAACAUUAUUAGACCAACGUUGAGGACACAACAGUUCACCUGACACAUGACUGAAUCCAAACAUUACACUGUUGAUUUUAUGUGCGUUUUACAUUUACUGUACUUAUUUUUACAUUUACUGUACUUUUCGCCACAUUUGUUGAUAACGAAAUCUGAAAAUACUUUGGAUCAGGAGUAUCAAGGAGUCCAAUCCGGCCUGCGGGUCGUUUGAGUAAAAUAAUAUUUUUUUUGGGGGACCUCAAUUUACUUUAAAAUGACAAAAACCAAAUCGAAACUGUGUAGAAAUAAUAAUGGACCUAUAUUCAUAAAGUUUCUUGACUGUCCAACUCACUAAUAAUCACUAGACAGUCAGGUAGCAUCGAAAAUUCCCAAAACUAUGGAUAGAGGACUAUUUGUAGCAAAUUUUGACAGCAAAGAAAAGGAAAAAAAUGUGUAUGGCCCUCUAGACCUUGUUGAACACUGAAUGCAGCCCCCGGAGCAGAAUUAGUUUGACACCCCUGCAUUCAGUAACAUGAUAAGAAUAUUCCUGAAAAAUGUAGGGUAGGUGUAACAUAAGACAAAACAAUGACAAAGGUUUGAGUGAGAGGUCAAACUGGUGUCUCCAAGUGGAAACACACCUCUCCAAAGUAUGCACUUUUCCUAAGCAAUUUCAAUGAACUCUUAUGACUCAAAGAAGAGUCUUCAACUAUAAGGUGCUUUUAGGAGCUCUCCUAGCUGUGUCGUUCAGGAACUAGAGCAAGCACACUUGUUGUUGUUUUCUUUGUAGCACAACCCUGCAUCCCCGCCAUCACACAAUUACUGUUGUUGUUUACGCAAUCCAAAAACGGUCCAUUAUAAAUCGCAAUCUGGGUCAGGUGGGCAUCAUUUGAAAGCUUAUUCUAUUGCCAACAUGACUAGCUAAGUUAUAAAAAAAAUGGAGUUAGGCUUUCACAAGGCAAUUCAGAGAAACAGAUCGUAAUUUUAGUGUACAUAGAGUCAUGAGUGCAUUCAGGUGCGUGUUCCACUGCGAAUUUUCUUCACAAUAGACAACAGGCAGUUUCUGUACAGAAAAACCCAGGGCAUGACGCCAUGUCAACUGUACAUCAAACAUAGUGAUCAUAAACAUUGACGCUGUAUACAGUAUGACAUGCAUUUUAUGAUAUGGAAAUGUGAAGUGCACAUUUGGACUCAUGGGUGUUUGGCUUGCUUGGAUGACAUCAAAGCAGUAUUUAUUGUAAUCCUCAACAUCUCAUCUUUCAAAAUACAUAGAGUCCUCUAAAGUUACAGCAUUUCCCCUCACUCAGACAAUAGAAAAUGUGCAAAAGUUUCCCAAUUAGCGGGAGGGAUGGAGGUAUCUUCUUUUCGCGUGCGAUGCUCAAGUUCAUCUUGUUUUGUGUGUAUUGGUCAAAGGUAAUGCAGUAGCAGGGGAGUGUGCAGUUCUUCUCAAAUGUAAAUUUGUAUGAGUUCUCCACACUCUCUUCCUCACAAGAGCGUACUCAAGAGACCUUCCUCGAACUCGGAGCAUGAGUGUGGAGCAUGGUAGUAUGCAUAUUGAGAAACACCCUCUGUGUCACCUCUCAGGGCUUUUACACCACAAUUUAGAUUAGAACAUCAUGGAGGUCUCAGCUCAGUUGGUGAAAAAGUCAUACAAGCACAGUCAUCCAUAGCACCAUGCAUGCUGAACUUAGCAUUUUACGAUGUGUGAAGAGACUCUGUGUCCAGUGUCCCCUCCCAGUGCUUUUACAUCAUAAUUCAUACCUUCAGACCCUUGCUUGGUGCCCCUCAUAUGCAUAUUCAAAUUAACUCUGAACAGUAUAGGGGUCUAUUAAAAGACUGUGUGGUGUUGUGGCACAGUGUGAUAUUUGACAGGCCAUUGUCUUAUGACCUUUGAAUCAUUGUCAACAUGGCUUUUUAACAUUGUAUCACAGAAACACUGGCAAUGACUUUUAGACGGCUCUAACCAAUGACUGUAUAUGAAUGGACAAAGCCAUCAAUCAUGUGACACCAUUAAUUCCCAUGUGAAGAAUCAUAUGGCUCAUUUGAAGCCAAGGACGUCCGUUAAAGGCCCAGUGCUGUUUGAAAAGACGGCCUGAAAUCUCAGCCUAUUUUGGUGGGAUGGAGUUUUGGCCUGCCUGGUGACAUCACCGGGUGGUAAAUUAGUUAAUAGACCAAUAAGAAAUAGAGUUCCAAAUAAUAGCUAGUUUUCAGUUUUCCCCUCCCCACUCGGAACCACUCCUAGACAGUCCUAGCAAAAUUCUUUGCUAAGAAGCUAUUUUUUUAUUCUUAAAAAACAAAAACAAAAGCACAGUAAGGUACUUAAUUGUUACCCAGAAAUGAUUUGAUAUUGAGAUAAAAACGGCUGCAUUGGACCUUUAAGAUGGUGUCUCAUGGAGACAUAAAGUGCAUUUUGAGCUACUCCAGGAAGUGUCAGCUCAGUGCUGCCACCAUUCAUUGAGAAUCUCCAAUUGAAGGCCGACCAGGGCAGGCUGCCAUUAGCAACUAAAUUAUCCUUAGGGAUGGUUCCAAAUUUACAGAAUGGUUACCUGGAGGAAAAUGGGGGAGGGUCAUGCUUUUUCAAUUUCAGUCAUUGGGAGUGUUUAGUAUUUUUUAAAUCCAGUCCAGGGAAGGGUCAUGUAAUUUUUUAUUGAUUAUAUUUCUCAGUGUUUUACAAUUAGUUACCUAUUAGGCUAGAUAUCGAUGUGUGUCCAAUGCCACCCCUCAUCUCUGAUUCUCUGCACAAUAUCAAGUGCGCCUAUAGGCUAUUUAGUGUGGUCUCAAUCAAAUGAUCCAUAGCCUAUAGGCUAUGAAGUUCAUGCUCGGGGAGAAGCACAGAGCUAAGUUAUAUUUCUAACAUAGCUGCUGGGAUGGUCUAAAUAAAACUAGGCUGCAUUACACACUGCAAUGGAUAUUCCAACCCUGAGCCCCGGCCUGCUCUGCUCUUGCUGAUCAAAACCUUUUUUUGUGCUGGUUAACCAAGGGCUGUGCUGUGUAGGGCUGUGGUGACAGUUCAGGAGGAGAGUCAAAGGCUUCUUCCAUUAAAUUUUUUUUAUUAGGCCUAUUCCAAAAAAUGAUUGUGAGCCGACUAGCCUAUAGCCUGUUCUGUUCUGCUUGGGAAGGAGAGCACAAAGAUGAGAAGGAUCGGUGGUUCACUUUGAUAGUUUGCUACUACUAGGCUAUAAUUGAUUUUAUUAAAUACAAUAUGUUUCUUGUCCAUUAUGUAUUUAUCAGAGUUAUUGACCAACCUCACAAUAAGCCAGAUUCACGUAACUUACAAUAUGGUCCUGAAACAAUCAAUCAAAAUGGACAGCUCAUGGUGCUGAAAGUAGGCAAAUUAGAGUAGGAAUAAGUCAUUUAAAACAUAUUUAUUUUAAUUAGACUUUACUAACAACAAGAGGGCUUUGUGUUGGAGCCUAUUUCUUCCUAUUUAAGAGGUAGGCCUACUUGUUUGACAGACGAAAUUAGGCAAUAGGCUGCUAUAUUCAUAAUUCCUCCACCCACCAUGUACUCUGUAAAUAGCCUACCCUCUGUAUCAGUGAAGGACUGUAAAGUUAAAACCAAGACUCGAAUUGAGAGGGAAUGCCAUAGGCCUACCUUUUAUUAAAGAAAAGCACAGUCCUACCCCUUGUUAGCUUAAGAUUUUGAAGAAGAUAAAAACAGAUCCGAUUAUAUAAAGUGAUCUGUAACAGUGCUUUGGUCAGCUAUGCUUUAUGCUAGAAACAAGCUGUAAAAUACCUGGGAAAGGUUGCAACACAUUAUCACAGCUUAUUGUGAAAUAUACACAAAUUACUUAUUUGAAAUUCGUGACAGGCACACGAAAAAGUCCACUUUUUCAUUUGUAUUACACGAUUUUCAUCACAACUCAUUUCGUGUGUAUUACACAUUCCAUUUGUUGUGGCUAAAGUUAGCUAGGCCAGCUAGUCUAGGUCCAGAAACCAAUGGGUUGGGCCAGAGCCAGAACACGUGGGUAAAGAGGUAGUUUGAAAAUUCGUCAUUGGCUUUGAUACUCUAAUUGGUUAGAGACGAUCCAAUCGCUGAUGACUUUCUUUUGUACAACACCCCUCGUGCCCCUCGUCACCACAAACAACCUUUAUGAUGGCAGUCUCAGACUGAAGUAUGUAGCGCGCGACAGAGCAGCGGAAGAGUAUACUGUGAGUCGUCAGGUUACACUUUCUCUGCUUCUCGCUGUAUUUUCGCUUGGACAGAUUUUGGGGCAGAGUCAAGCCUCACGCUUUGCCUCUUCAGUACAGUAUGCACUGUAUUAUCUUUGUGAACCCCAGGCUGUAGUGAUGCCGCAACACCGCGAUGCAGUGCCUUAGAACGCUGCACCACUCGGGAGGCCAGCAAUUCUGUUUCUUAACUAGUUUUAUUGAAGUACUUUCUCUCAUUCAAUAUCUCAAUAGCUUUACAAUUCUGUCAGAUACACUGUACUGCCCCCAGUAAAUAUAGCUUUGAAUGCUGCUGACCUAAAGAGUCGUUUACAGGACUGCUUGAACACUUGUUGCUGCUCACUUAAUGGCAAAACAGGGUUUGUGCAUGUGGUCAGUUACAUUUCAAUUUGUUCCAAUUCAGGUAUUGAAUGUGACACACUAAAGCAAUUAUUGUAGUCCUGUAUAUUCUCAGUUUCUCUAAAACGAAAGAAAAGUAAUUAUACAGUGCCUUCGGAAAGUAUUCAGACACCUUGACUUUUUCCACAUUUUGUUACGUUACAGCCUUAUUCUAAAAUGGAUUUAAAAAAAUUAAAUCCUCAGCAAUCUACACACAAUGCCCCAUAAUAACAAAGCGAAAACAGGUUUUUAGAAAAAGAAAUACCUUAUUUACAUACACUACCAGUCAAACGUUUGGACACACCUACUCAUUCAAGGGUUUGUCUUUAUUUUUACUAUUUUCUACAUUGUAGAAUAAUAGUGAAGACAUCAAAACUAUGAAAUAUCACAUAUGGAAACAUGUAGUAAACAAAAAAGUGUUAAACAAAUCAAAAUAUAUGUUACAUCAAAUAGCCACACUCUUCGCAUUCUCUCAACCAGAUUCAUGAGGUAGUCACUUGGAAUGGAUUAAAAUGAACAGGUGUGCCUUCUUAAAAGUUAAUUUGUGGAAUUUCUUUCCUUCUUAAUGCAUUUGAGCCCAUCAAUUGUGUUGUGACAAGGUAGGGAGGUAUACAGAAGAUAGCCCUAUUUGGUAAAAGACCAAGUCCAUAUUAUGGCAAGAACAGCUAAAAUAAGCAAAGAGAAACAACAGUCCAUCAUUACUUUAAGACAUGAAGGUCAGUCAAUACGGAACAUUUAAAAAACUUUGAACGGUUCUUCAAGUGCAGUCGCAAAAACCAUCAAGCGCUAUGAUGAAACUGGCUCUCAUGAGGACCGCCACAGGAAUGGAAGACCCAGAGUUACCUCUGCUGCAGAGGAUAACUUAAUUAGAGUUAACUGCACCCAAAUAAUUGCAGCCCAAAUAAAUGCUUCACAGAGUUCAAGUUACAGACAUAUCUCAACAUCAACUGUUCAGAGGGGACUGUGUGAAUCAGGCCUUUAUGGUCAAAUUGCUGCAAAGAAACCACUACUAAAGGACACCAAUAAGAAGAACAGACCUGCUUGAGCCAAGAAACACAAGCAAUGGACAUUAGACAGGUGGACAUUUGUUGUUUGGUCUGAUGAGUCCAAAUUUGAGAUUUUUGGUUCCAACCGCGGUGUCUUUGUGAGACGCGGUGUGGGUGAACGGAUGAUCUCCGCAUGUGUGGUUCCCACCGUGAAGCAUGGAGGAGGAGGUGUUAUGAUGUUGGGGUGCUUUGCUGGUGACACUGUCUGUGAUUUAUUUAGAAUUCAAGGCAAACUUAACCAGCAUGGCUACCACAGCAUUCUGCAGCGAUACGCCAUCCCAUCUGGUUUGGGCUUUGUGGGACUAUCAUUUGUUUUUCAACAGGACAAUGACCCAACACACCUCCAGGCUGUGUAAGGGCUAUUUUACCAAGAAGGAGAGUGAUGGAGUGCUGCAUCAGAUUACCAAUUGAGAUGGUUUGGGAUGAGUCGGACGGCAGAGUGAAGGAAAAGCAGCCAACAGGUGCUCAGCAUAUGUGGGAACUCCUUCAAGACUGUUGGAAAAGCAUUCCAGGUGAAGCUGGUUGAGAGAAUGCCAAGAGUGUGCAAAGCUGUCAUCAAGGCAAAGGCUGGCUAUUUGAAGAAUCUCAAAUAUAAAAUAUAUUUUGAUUUGUUUUACACUUUUUUGGUUACUACGUGAUUCCAUAUGUGUUAUUUCAUAGUUUUGAUGUCUUCGCUAUUAUUCUACAAUGUAGAAAAUAGUAAAAAUAAAAAAAUAACUUGAAUGAGUAGGUGUGUCCAAACUUUUGACUGGUACUGUAUAUCUGCUCUAUUAUGCCCUGCAUCUGUAGGACCAGCAUGGGGGUUAGCUCAGCAGUGUACUGAUCACAACUUUCUUAGAGAGCUCAAAUAUGCAUCUCCCUUCCCUAGAGAUGCUGUGUCAGUGUUGAUCAGCUCACCACAAGCCCAUUCCCCUUUCUCCCCCCUCCCUCUCCCUUCUUAUUUAUUUCUCAUUUCUCUCCGUCGAAUUUUCUCUCUUUCUCACUCUCAUUUUCAAAAUGUUCCUCUCUCGUUCUUCCAGGCAUUGAGGAGCACAGGUUUAUUGACAUCGGAUCCCAGGCUGAGUGACUGUAUGCGUCAGCUGUGCCAGUCAAUGCCGGACUCUGCUGGAACAGUCAUGAUGGACCAGAAACUAUUCAGGAAGUGAGCUAUGCUCUAUUUUCACUUUCACUUUAACCCCUUACACUCAUGGAAAUUGGCCUAUAUGGAUGGGGCCAAAUUGAAAUGUUUCUAACAGAAGAACUAUAAUAAGCAAAUGCAUGACCAUGGUGGCAAUUGAAAAAUAACACUUUGGAGAUUAUGGGGAAAUGAUCAGACCAAAGGUGAGGACACAACCGUUCACCUGACACGAGACUGAAUCCAAAAAUUACACUGUUGAUUUUAUGUGCAUUUUACAAAUACUUUGGAUACAUUCAGUAACAUACAUUUUGAAGUAGGUGCAAGAUAAGAAAAAAAUAAUACAAGGGUUUGAGUGAAAGGUCUAACUGGUGUGGCCACACACCUCUCCAAAAUUUGAACAGUUCCUAAGUAAUUUCAAUGCACUUUUAUGACCCAAGGAAAGAGCCUUCAACUAUAAGGUGCUUGUUUGAGCUCUCCUAGCUUUGCCAUUGAGGAACUGAAGCAAGCACACUAUGUUUUUGUUUGUAAUACAGCCCUGCGUCCCCACCAUCACACAGUUACUGUUGUUGUUUACACAAUCCAAAAAUGGUCCAUUAGAAAUCACAAUCUGGGUCAGGUAGGCAUCAUUUGAAAGCUUAUUCUAGUCCCAACAUGGCUAGCUAAAUUAUAAAAUAUGAUCAUACGGUGUUAGGCUUUUAAAAGGCACUUCAGACAAACAGAUUGUAAUUUUGGUGCGCAUAGAAUGGAGUGCAUUGAAGUGCAUGUUCUGCGGCAAAUCUUCUUCACAAUACGACAAACGCAGGCUCAUUCUGUUCAGGGUGUAACACAUGUCAUCCUUGUAACUGUGGAUCAAACAUAGCAAUCAUAAAAGUUGAUACUGUAAAUGACAUGUUUUCAAAUAUAGAAAUGUGAAGUGUACAUUUGGACUCAUGGGUGUGUGGUUUGCUUGUAUGACAUCAAAGCGAUAAUUUAUUAAAAUCUCAAUUUUUCAGAACACUUUGACUCCUCUCGGUUUACAGCAUUUCCCUUACUCAGACAACAACAAAUGUGCAAAAGUAGCCCAAUUAGCGGGAGGGAUGGGGGAAUCUUUUUGUCAUGCCCGGUGCUCAAGUUUAUAACUGCUGUCAGUCAAAACCCAUACAGCCCUGUGAAGUGGAGAACCUGAGCUCUGACGUCAUGUAUAGCAUGUUACUGUACAGCCACUGGGUUCCAAUUUAGGCGCUUAUCAAUGACAAAAUCAUGUUCAACCUGUAUAGGUGAUGACAGGAGCUGUGAGUGAAAAGGGCCACCACUCUAAUGAUUUUGGAUAGGAUGGAAUGGAUACAGCCUUGUUUGGCCCUUUUAUCUUAUCAUAUAAAUCCUCUAGUAGGAUGGUUUAGAGAUAGUAUUUACUAGUAAACACUAUGAUUAUUUAAUUCAGAAAGUUAGCAUAAUGUAUUAUGUCUUUCUCUAUCCCACAUAGAGUAUUCUCAUUCUUCUUGCUGUUUGUCAAAACACCACACACACCUUAUCCCAUUUUUACAUUUUCUUGAAAGUGACAUUAUAGUAUUUCACUGGGUGGAGGAACUAUUUUUGCUAUUGCCCCCAGUGUUUACUAGAAACUUCCAAGACUUUGUUUUCCACUCUCUCUGUCUGUAUUUGUGUCUGCUCUGCAUACCUCUACAGUGGACAGAGGGAGAUGUGUUAUGGAAGGGAAGUUUGAUUGUCAGGGAUGUUUGAUUGUUUUGUUUGUGUUGGAGUCAAAGACAGAUUGACAGCGUCUGUCGUUUUAUGGCCGUCACCUGCCUCUGAACCUCACUGGUGCACAUGUAAACGUAACACAUACACACACACAUGCAUGCGCGAGCACACACACACACACACACACACACACACACACACACACACAUGCAGACAUGCAGAGAGAGAGGGAUAGUUCUGGAAUUGUUGGCGAACAGAGUAUGACAUUUGUGCAGGGCUUAAGUCUGGACAGGAGCUAAUGAAAGGCCAGCUUAGUGGGUGAACUGCAGACGGUGCCGGUUGAAUUAGGAGCUCAGCUUAUCAACAAGCCCCGAUGGGCUCUAGACUGCUGUCCAAACAGUAUUACUUCCUAAGUGGCAAAGUUAACUUAAUGAACGCAGUGAUGAUUCAGACACUGGCCUGUUACAGUAGUGGGUCACUGAGUCCUGUCUCGUGGACUUCUUCUUACAUUGAAUUACUAUGUUCCAGUGAAUGAACACUGCAUAUCUACAGUCCCUUUGCACAUCUUAGAUUGAGACUUGGUGUUGUGCUUGGUAUUGUUUCUAAACUAGGGCCAAAGACACACAAAGAAAGUAAUGUAGAACAGAACAAUGUGUGUGAUUAGAUAUUGGUCUUUCCUUCUGAGGAACACUCUGAAGUGGUCAUUAGAAAUAUCAUGGUCCAAACACACCAAGACUGUCGUGAAGAGGGCACGACAAAGCCUAUUCCCCCUCAGGAGACUGAAAAGAUUUGGCAUGGGUCCUCAGAUCCUCAAAAAAUUAUACAGCUGCACCAUCGAGAGCAUCCUGACUGGUUGCAUCACCGCCUGGUAUGGCAACUGCUUGGCCUCCGACCGCAAGGCACUACAGAGGGUAGUGCGUACGGCCCAGUACAUCACUGGGGCCAAGCUUCCUGCCAUCCAGGACCUCUAUACCAGGCGGUGUCAGAGGCCCUCAAAAUUGUCAAAUACUCCAGCCACCCUAGUCAUAGACUGUUCUCUCUGCUACCGCACUGCAAGCGGUACCGGAGUGCCAAGUCUAGGUCCAAAAGACUUCUCAACAGCUUCUACCCCCAAGCCAUAAGACUCCUGAACAGCUAAUCAUGGCUACCCGGACUAUUUGCACUGCCCCCCCCACCCCAUCUUUUUACACUGCUGCUACUCUGUUAAUUAUUUAUGCAUAGUCACUUUAACUCUACCCACAUGUACAUAUUACUUCAACUACCUCAACUAGCCGGUGCCCCUGCACAUUGACUCUGCACCGGUACCCCCCUGUAUAUAUAGCCUCCCUACUGUUAUUUUAUUUUACUUCUGCUCUUUUUUUCUCAACACUUUUUUGUUGUUUUAUUCUACUUUUUUAUUUAAAAUAAAUGCACUGUUGGUUAAGGGCUGUAAGUAAGCAUUUCACUGUAAUGUCUGCACCUGUUGUAUUCGGCGCAUGUGGCCAAUAAAAUUUGAUUUCAUUUCAUUAGAAAUAGGCCACUAGAAAUAAAGAAACUCCCAUUUCUGGUGAAUGUAUAAAUUAUGCAAUCCUUCUAUUCGCCUCCCCAGUUCCCCAAACUCUAAACAAGUUGCGUAUUAACAAGCCUCAUCACGGCUAUGAGAGAAUUUGAAUGCCAUUCUUUGAGAUCACGUCAGUGCUUACUAAACUUAGCGUGUUGUUUAUCUAAUGGUAAAGGCAGGUGUGUAUCUACAAUAUGAUAGGCUGUCUAUUCUCAGCAUUUCAUUUGGUCCCAGUUGGGGUCCAGUUUUAGGUUGUUGGUGUCAUUAGGAUUUAAUCAAAGGAUCAGUAGUCUAUCUGUUUUAUAGAUAUAGGUCACUUAGCCCUGAUACGUGGUUGUUGACUCCUAGAUGCCUCAUAAGAGUCAACAGCCAUGUAUCAGGGCUAUAGGUCAUUGACACUGUGUGGGUUAAUACAGUAGUUACACUAUUAAAAAAUCAUCUAAAUUAACUGAUCGUAGUGCGUGCAUACAUUUGUAUGGUUGGCCCCAGCAGGAAUCGAACCCACAACUCUACUGUUGCAAGCACCAUGCUCCACCAACUGAGCCACAGUGAGACAUUAUCUAUGUGAUAUACAAAGUAUACAUGUGAUGUCAUAUAUUUAUGUAUGUAUGUUGUGUUUCAGAUGUGUGGGGGCUAACAUCCUGCUGCUGACCCAGGCGUUCAGGAGGAAGUUCAUCAUCCCAGACUUUGAGGCAUUUGCGUCCAACAUCGACCAACUGUACUACAGUACCCAGAGGCGGGAGGGGGGACACGUGAGUUCUGUUAGGAUGCCUACACCUGUGGUUUUCAAACCUGUGGUCCGUGGACCGGAGUACUGCAGGUGGUCCGCACAUUUUGGUAGAUUGUUUUGGGGGUGUACAAUUUUUCUUCAAAAAAUAAUAACAGUUUGGAGUAUUUAUGGUAUAAUACGCAAUUUGACAUGACUUUUCACAAUGUAAAUGGUUUAUAAUAGGCCUUUAAUUUGGUAAAUUCACUGCUAAAAUUGAAAAAUGUUAGCCACAAAGAUAUUUUAUGUUUACAAAAAAACACGACUCUGCAAAUGGUGGUCCUCAAGAGCUUUUGACAAUGAUGGUCCCCGGAACGGAAAAGGUUGCGAACCGUUGGCCUACACUAUACACAUAGUAAUUCCCACGUUAAAAACGUUCUCUCACAUACUCUACACAUACACACCUACACAUUGACAUAUGAGGACAAGCUAAAAUAAGCACACCACCAAACAUUUGCUUGCACACAUUAAAAAACAUUCACUUGGACACUGUGAAAAGCUCACUCACUGUACAUUCGUAGAUACAUGCACAUACACACAUGUCCUGUACAUACCUGCCUUUGACAUACAUGACACAUGACUUAUCCACUCCAUUCCUUUGUGUGUGUGUCUUUUGCUUAGGUAGCAGAUUACAUUCCUCAACUGGCUAAAUUCAGCCCUGAUCUGUGGGGUGUGUCACUAUGCACCGUGGAUGGACAGAGGUAAGAUUACCGCAUUUGAGUCACCUGUCUGUCUCCUUUUAUCACCACUGGUUUCCAUCAUAAGACACAUAACCCCAUGUCACUGAAAUGAAGAGCAUUGAACAGGCAGGCAGUCUGCAUGUCACCCCCCCAUCUUGCCCAGUAAGUGUCUGCCUAACUUAUUCAUGUAGAAUCAUCCUCUGUAUCUGCUUUCACCUCAGCUGUCCCAUGAUCUCUCCCCUGUGUCCUGCUGGCGUGAUGCAGACAUUCUGCAGGUGACACCAACGUUCCAUUCUGUCUUCAAUCAUGUGUGAAGCCUCUAGGGUACGCCAUCGCUGUGCACGAGAUUGGCACUGAGCAUGUGCAUCGCUACGUGGGCAAAGAGCCCAGCGGACUCAAAUUCAACCAGCUGUCACUGGAUGAGGAGGGUGAGAGACUGUUACCCUAACCCUGUAUGGCUAGAUACACACACCUAGUACAUGUGGAUCUUUCUAUAAAAAAUGGGGCCAAUGUGUGACACUGGGAUUGACAUUUCAAAAUGUCUUUUUAUGCUGUUCCACAUGUGUACUUAGAGGAAUAAAAGUGAAUAUAUGCAAAUUGGCCCAUAACUCCACCUAUACAACAACAUUGGCCUAGGACUAUAGAUCCUUUAAGCAGGGUUCAUAUAGACAUUGGCAAGUCAAAUGUCUGAUUUUCAAGGUAAGGCCUAUUCCAGUACUUUUCUGAGCUCCAAAUUCAAGUUCAAGUAUGCAACUUCAAGCCCCUGUAUUGUUUAAAAUUGCAGAUGUAACAUGAAAAAAGUAUUUGUCAUGUUAUUUCAUUACCAGAUCAUAUUGUGAAUAAGCCCAUUAGGCUAUGUAAUUUGUUGUCAUUAUAUCCAGAAUAAUUAAUAGGACUAGUUUUGGGUGUUGCGCAAUAGUCUAUCUUACACGAUUGCUCACAGUAGACUUGGUGUCCAAACCAAGGCACAAAAACAUAUGAAAACAUGAACACAUUACCUUGAUGCUUUCUCUGUUAAAUCUAACGAGACCCUGCUGUAAAUCAAGCAGACAACAACAGAUGAUCAACCUCAAUUCUCUAGGGAUAUUAGAUCCAACGUGGAUCCAGGCACAACCGUCUUCACCAACUUAACAAAUGAGACACCAAAACAUUCUGGACCUUCCUUGCGAACACCUUUUUUUUUCCAGCACUUGGGCUCUUGUUGCAUCACAUGCGCUAUCACAACAGCUGUUCGUCACUUGACUGUCAUUUGGAAAAUUCCUUCCUAGAUCAGAUGAUGAUGUGUGAAAAUAUCAUUGCAUAACUAAUCAGCUGGACACCAAAUGCUCAUCCAACAAGUAUUAUGCAUAAUUAUUGAAGAACCACUUUAAUGACAGUAUCAAUUUAGGUUGUAAGUAUCAGUGUAAGGUAACUUUCGGUUAGAAGGAUUCGAUUUUGCAAUCACAUUUAUUAUUUUGGAUUUGUGUGCCCAUGAAAACUGUUUUCACCUCAUAACAUAAGAAGACAAGAAACGUUAUGUAGUUACACUGCAUUUCUGAGAUGUCCUAUACAAACAACUGUCUGACAGCUAGAUCCAGGAUUCUUACAGGGUUCAAGUUCAAUGUCAAAUUUAACUGAUUUAUGCUUAUAUAUGAUGUAAUGACAUAAAUGCAAGGACAGAAAAGUAAUGUUUUAUGUCACAUGCUUUUGAACAAAUCCGUCAAGACACCAACCAUGAUAAAGUUUUACACAUAGGUUUUAAAUCAACUUGUGAAUUUGAUUGAAUAUAGCUAUGAUCCCCCCUUAUAUCUUAAUGUAAUGACAUUAACAUUUUUUGCAGAUUAUUAUUAAUGACUUAUCAACAGCUGUAAGAAGUUGUCCAGUGUAGGAAAUCCUCAGUGGGACCCUAGUUUAUAGAAAGACCCAUGUCUCUGUGUCCACUUCUGUGUAGAUGCCCCACACUUGAAUGCAUCUGAGUACUGAGGUAACUCAGUAGUAAGGUAGUAAAUAGUUCAUUCCAAUGUUACACUGUGGAAGCAAACGAUUAUGGCAAGACAAGAGAGCCAACCUCUCUGCAACUACAUGGGGAAAAUACCCAUCAGCUUGAUCUAUGAUUGCAACAAGCUGUAGGUACAGGUCAAUAGAGCAGGAACAAGCAAGAACAGGCCAUCUGAUCAUUAGCAAGUCAAUACAUCUUAUCUGCAGGUUCCCUAUCAGCUGGCUAGGUUCCAUUACAUAUGUUCAUCUGUGGCACACACACAUGCAUGUGUUCACUUUUUUAGUGGAAGUUAUUUUAGUGGCCAUAUCUUUAGGUUAUAUGGUGGUGGUGGAGUGCACGGCAGUGAUAACAUUGUCCUCUCUCUCUGGACAGAUAAACCACACAACCCUAUGGUGAACGCCGGGGCUAUCGUCAUCAGUUCUCUGCUCAAGGUAAGGGGAUUUCUGGGUGCACUGAUGUUAUAAUUAAGUGAUAAUCCCCUCGAAGCCGGUGUUUGGAGGAUAUAUUGGCACGUGUUGCCAAUAUAUCCUCCAAACACCGGCUUCGAGGGCAUUAACACUUUUAUACAACGGGUUACCAACAUAUUCAAACAAUGAUUGACAUAUUUUCAUUAAAAACUUUAUUUUGUUGAAUUUAUUCAUACUAUUUCAUCCUUCCACAAGAUAUAGUCCCGACACAAAUCUAGGGUCUCUACCCAAGCCGGCUGGUCGUUCGUUCUAUCGGUUCGGUUGCCAGAGUUGCGACCCAGUCGUUCAGUCUUUUUGUUCUGUAUCUAUGGACGUGACCCGUUCGUUCUAAAUGUUCCAUUGCCAUACUGGCUGGCAACGUUCUUAUCCCUUGCUUGCUAGCUAGCCAACUACAGCUAACUUACAGUCAUGUCAAAAAAGUUCAGCCUGAAUAACAGCAAAGUAGCAGCAUUUGCAUUGUUUAAGCUGUUUUCUAGUGACAUUUAUUUGGAUACAUCCAUAACAAUGAGCUAAUGAGGCGCGAUUUUGCCUGGCAUAGAAAAUGUGCUCACUCGUCAGGACACUGUUGUUCAGAGGAGCUAGCCAACAACACAGCUAACACAAUCACUUCCGACUGAAGCUGGAAAGACUGCAAACUAGCUGCACUUUGUUUCAUUUUACCUUUUUUCAAUUGACAUUUCUUUGUAUAUUUCCAUAAAAUGUCUGAUUCAUGAUUUCGACUGGCUGAGAAACGCCGCCUGCCUUUCUGUCUCGUCCCGACUCCCGACACGUUCAUGACUAUGGGACAGCUGGAGAUCAAAUUUGAAUAUUGAAACAAUGUUGCAAAUGUCGGACAGACAGCAAGGUUAAGACAAAUCUCCGCUGUUGAAAACGAAAUGUUAGUCUAAAAGAAAUGUCUUGAUGCUUUUUAUAGUGGAGAUCAAGUUUAUAAAUUGCCUGGCUGGGCUGAUGAGACAGUGGAUUGUGCGGUCAGAUGGAACAGAGUAAAUAGGCAUUUCAACGUCAUAGCUUUAGCCGGUGGUAACUUGUGGAAUAGACACCAGCUGGAAUGCAGUUUUAACCAAUCAGCAUUCAGGAUUAGACCCGCCCGUUGUAUAAUCUCUUAUAACCUUUUCAUGAGGUUUUAGAAUUAGAGCACAGCUCAAAUCUUUGCUACCUAACUGAAACAAAAUCAGGAGUACAUUACAUGCACACAGAUUAAGCAUUGCAUUGCAUAUAUGAAUGCAAACUGCUAUACACCAAAUCCACUCCAACAUCAGAUAUACAGGAAAUCUGUCGUAACUAGUACAGCCAAGUGUCACGGUCAGACUUUACCGUCAAUCAUUGACCAAUUGCCCAGAGGUCAAUAAACUCUCACCAGCUGACUCACCAACCCUCCCUAUCAAUCAGCAUUGCCCUCAUUCUAACAGCUACAGCAGUGGGGAAAAGGGCUGGCCUCUGCCUUAUGUAGACAUGGACCUCUAUUCUUCUGUGUUUUCCUCUCCUUUCCAUGGCUGCCUGUCCUUACCAGCUGACUGGAGAGAUAUGCCUCUUGGCCAUGUAGGUCACGUACAGUAAUGGGGGAGGGGGUUACUGUCGGUGUGUUUGUGUGUUUAUUUUUUUUAUGUCUUUGACAAUCGUUCUUUAAAGGUCUGAUAAAUACGGUUUUAUCUCAGUAUCAUAUAAUUUCUGGGUAACAAUUACAGUGCCUUCAGAAAGUAUUCAUAUCAAAUCAAAUCAAAUCAAAUGUUAUUUGCCACAUGCGCCGAAUACAACAGGUGUAGACAUUACCGUGAAAUGCUUACUUACAGCCCUUAACCAACAAUGCAUGUAUUUCUUAAUAAAAAAGUAAAAUAAAACAACAACAACAAAAAAGUGUUGAGAAAAAAAGUGUAAAAUAAAGUGUAAAAUAAAAUAACAGUAGGGAGGCUAUAUACAGGGGGGUACCGGUGCUGAGUCAUAUCCCUUGAUUUAUUACACAUUUUGUUGUGUUACAGCCUGAAAUCAAAAUGGUUUAAAUCGUUUUUUUCACUCACCCAUCUACACACAAUACCCCAUAAUGACAAAGUGAAAUGAAAAUGUCUACAUAGGGUCCUUUAAAGGGCCAAUGUAGAUGUUUUUUUAAAUCUCAAUAUCAUAUCAUUUCUGGGUAACAAAUAAGUACCUUACUGUGAUUGUUUUCAAUAAAAAUUGUCUAAAAGAAACAAAAAUAGCUUCUUAGCGAAGCGCAAUUGACCCUUCGCUAAGCCACUGUUGGUUACUGUUGCAACCUCGGACAACAAUUUCCUGGGAAGCCCAAUUCCCCAUUCAACCACUGGUGAAAUCCCCUCACAAUGACCUCAAACUGUGUUUCUAAUACACAAUGAAAUUAAACACAGACCACCCCUUGCUAAUCAGGAAAUUCUGGGGCUGGGUUUAGCAAAGAGUCAAUUUCUCAUGCAAUAAUUUUGCUAGGACUGUCUGAGUGGGUAGGGGAAAACUAGCUGUUAUUGGCAGAGAGGUUUGGAACUUUGUCUUAUUGGUCUAUUAACUAAUUUACCGCCUGGAGAUGUCACCAGUAAGGCCAAAACUCCAUCGGAUCAAAACAGACUGACAUUUUAGGCGGUCUUUUAUCAUUUUCACAAUUUCACAGUAUUAUUCCAAUCUCAUAGUGUGGAAAUAUAUAUAACAAACAGAAAAAUCUAAUGUUUGACUGCACUGGGCCUUUAAGUACAGGAAGCGAGAACAGAUAGAGAUGGCUGAAGGUAAUUUCAUUGGCUAAUAGUCUAUUGCACAUACUGUACUAGGCAAGUUGAGGGGAGGACUUGUACUCUUCCAAGUCAGUGUAUUACCUCUAGCACGUUUUAUUUUGAGUUUAUUCAACUGAUUUAUAAAUCAGUUCAGUUGAUCUUUCAGAGAGAGCAGAACUCUCAGAAGUUAUGAGUGGAAAGACGUGUCACCACUCAUGAACACUUCAUCAGAAUAUUGCUGAAAAUAAGCCAAGGGUCGCACCACAUCAGAAGAAACCUAUUCCUUGAGGAUAAUUCAACAAGUCACAGUAAUGUUUCAGAUCCUCUCUGACCUUUCAGGACAGUGUGGCUCAGAGCAGUAAGGGGAAGUACCAGUCUCUGCCCUUUUUGGUGAUUUAACGACUUGGCGGUGAUCUUUCACUGUACCCUGAAACUUAAGCAGGGCAAUAAUCUGCCCCCGGAGCUUCAAGCCCAUGUCAUACUCAUCACAUUACCACACACGGACAGACAGGUGGACAGACAGACACUGUGACUAGUCCUACCCCACACGCCCACCCAGAAUCUGUCUGAUUCUGCCAGAAUACACAAACACUGCAACCUAGGGGCCGAAAAGCUCUCUGCAUAGUGUCAAUACAGAAAUACUACAGCACAAGAACACUGUCCUAAAGUAGUCUUGUUUUUUUACAGCCUAACUCGAACAAGGCAGAGAGGUUUGAUUAUGUGAGUAUCUUUUAAGAUUUCAGACUUCUGACAUGUCUUAUUAGUAACAAUGUACAUGAUAUACACUGAGUGUCAAAAACAGUAAGAACACCUUCCUAAUAUUGACUUGCACCCCCUUCUGCCAUCUGAACAGCCUCAAUUUGGUGUCGAAAGCAUUCCACAUGGAUGCUGGCUCAUGUUGACUUCAAUGCUUCCCACAGUUGUGUCAAGUUGGUUGGCUGUCCUUUGGGUGCUGGACCAUUCUUGAUAGACACGGGAAACUGUUCAGUGUGAAAAACCCAGCAGUGCUGCAGUUCUUGACACAAACUGGUGCGCCUGGCACAUACUACAAUACCCCGUAAAAAGGCACUUAAAUAUUUUGUCUUGCCCAUUCACCCUCUGAAUGGCACACAUACACAAUCAAUGUCUCAAUCGUUUCAAGGUUUAAAAAUCCUUAUUUAACCUGUAUCCUCCCCUUCAUCUACACUGAUUGAAGUGGAUUUAACAAGUGACAUCAAAAAGGAUCAUAGCUUUCACCUGGAUUCACCUGGUCAGUCUGUGUCAUGAAAAGAGCAGGUGUUCUUAAUGUUUUGUACACUCAGGGUAUUAUUUAAUCUCACAACUGACACGUCUUUUAUCAUAGGUAAUGGAAUACUUAAAGAAGAUGACCGGCACAGAGUAUGUGGGCUUCAGCAACGCUACGUGAGUGUCAAAUUGAAUGUUAUAAUAUGCAAAUGCAAUUAUCCAAUAUUGCAGCCCAUACAGUAACUUUAAUUUGUGGUGUGAUAAACAGCUUUUAAUAUGUAUUUGCCUUCACAGUUUCCAAUCAGAGAAAGAGACCGGGGAUAGGAAUUUUGCUAUUGGUUACUACCUGAAGGAGAAAAAAGUGAGUCUGAGUGUUUGAGCUUCACGGAGUCUUACCAAUAGUUAUACCAAUUCUUAAACUCUAAGACUAUGAGUUAUACUACCUGUUGUUUGUGACCUGAAACUGUGGCCUCUCUCUCAUUUUGCCUGACAGUGCUUUCCUGAGAAUGCAGAUAUGAUUGCAGCCCUCGACUUCUACUUCCAGGUGAGACUCAUUUUUUAAGAAGUUCCAUAGCACUGAAUCCAUAGCACUGAAGGUCUGCGCUGUAGCACAAUUGAAAUUGAAAGGUGAUUUUCGAUUCAGCCAACAUAUGCAGCGUUUACCGUGAAUGCAGUCUCCGCAAACGCAGGAACAUUGCCUUUCAAUUUAAAUCGCGCUACAGCGCAGAUCUUCAGCGCUACAGAUUGAAUCUAGCUCCUAGUUUCUGUCCCAGGUGGAAACACUCUGUAUUCGACUAAAGUACUACCCUGUACAGUAAACCAGUGGUCUCAACUAUUCUCUGUUUUCUCAGCUGUGCUCCAUCGAGGUGACGUGUGAGUCAGGCAGUGUCAUGGCCGCCACACUGGCCAACGGGGGCAUCUGUCCAAUCACAGGCGAGCAGGUGCUGAGUGCGGAGGCCGUUCGGAACACCCUGAGCCUCAUGCACUCCUGCGGGAUGUACGACUUUUCUGGCCAGUUCGCCUUCCAUGUGAGUCAUUGAGAAACAGAGGUCAGAGGUCAAUGACCUGAGGUGACCUUAUCAUACUGUAUGUGGUCAGAUGGAACAUUCCCCAUUAUCUCAGAUGUGCCAUAUUGCUUUCACCUAUCCUAUGUUGUCAGAUCAGUAGUUAAAAGAGAGGAGACAAGUUAUUGCUAUUAUCAGAAUUUAUUGCUAUUGUUUUUGGUUUCUGUUAUUGUUUAUUUGUUUGUUUUUUGUUUUGUACCGUCUUGGUGUGAUGCCUUGGUGGGGUGGGGUGGGAGGGAGGGAUGGGUGGGUGCUGUGGGGGUGGGUUGAUUAAGGACUGGGGAUGUUGUAUUGUUUUCAAUGUCUCUAUGUUCCCAACUGAAAAUCCACAAAUAAGUUUAUUUUUAUUUUUUUAAAGAUAGGAGACAAGGAGAGGAAUCUGUUUUAGACUAUUUGAGAUGCACCCGGCUAUAAGUGUCAUUCCACCUGUUCUUUUUUCCAGGUGGGUUUACCUGCUAAGUCUGGCGUUUCUGGUGCAGUACUGCUGGUGGUCCCUAACGUCAUGGGAAUAAUGUGUUGGUCUCCUCCGUUAGACCGUGUCGGAAAUAGUGUCCGAGGCAUUCACUUCUGUCAGGUACACAGACAAGAAGAAUUUCAAUCCCCUAUGACUUAUGUUUUUGUCAUACCCAGCAGUCGAUAUUUAUUCUCACUGAUGGCCUUGUUUUUUGACAUAUCGAAAGUAAUUUUAAUGUCAUACCUGAGUGUGUACUUUGUAACUGUAUGAUAUUGUAAAAUUGGAAGAUUCAAACAGAGUAGAACAUUGAAUAGUACAGUAAUCCAUAAUUUUCCUGUGUGAAUUUCCCCAUUCUAUCUGCUGAUUGAUCAGGAACUGGUUUCUCUCUUUAACUUCCAUAACUAUGACAACAUGAGACACUUUGUAAGGAAGCUGGACCCUCGCAGACAAUCACUUGAUGAUAGGGUAAGUAAGGGAUAGAGUAUGCACUAAAUACUUAUUUUAAUUUUUUCUUAGUUGAACAUUUUAAACUCUCUGGAAAAUUCAUGUUUUCUGUUCAUGUCUCCUUUACAACACCUGAAACACCUUCUUCUGCCCCCUUCAGAACAAGUCAGUGGUGAAACUGAUGUUUGCAGCUUACAGUGGAGAUGUCUCUGCCCUGAGGAGGUAAAGACUGAAUCCUGGGAGCCUAGACUAGUUAUAUAAAUCCAAUCCAUUAUAAUCGGUCCUAAUGACUUACAAGAAAUUAUAGUUUGCCUUUUCAUAAACAAGCGCUGGGCGCCAGACAGACAAGAAAAAACGUGUUAAAUGAUUUCCAUAAUAUGUUUACAUUUAUGUUCUGCAUGGAACAGACAACCCCUCGUAUCAAAUCAAUUUCAGUUAACUUCAAUAUAAUUACUAUAGAGCUUUUCACAAAGUCAUUUGUCUCAAAUCCCUUAUCUCUUAGUCUUGGCCAUCUGUCACUCCAAUUAACCUUUUAGUAUACUUUGAUUUUCUUCCUUUUCUUGCUCCUGUCUUCCCCUAGGUUUGCUCUCUCGGCUGUGGACAUGGAAAAGAAAGACUAUGAUUCUCGUACAGCCCUCCACGUAGCGUCAGCUGAAGGUGACUCUAUAAUUUGUUAUGAUAAGACUGUACUCUCACAUAACGUGUACUUCACCUUAUUGUUCACAUUUGUAAUUCAAGUGUGGCUGACAUGGUUUAAUUGGAGUGGAUGGCUUCGCUGUGAGGACUAUAGAUAUAUGAAUGCAUCACUGGUUGGUUGCACAAACUCAUUACCGUAUGUUGAAGUUGAAUUCGCCCUUCCUGUUUAUUCAGGUCAUGUGGAAGCGGUGAUCUUCCUAACAGAGACGUGCAAAGUGAACCCCCAUAUAAAGGACAGGUAGGGACACCACUUCGUCCUCUGCCUGACACUUUUAAUAACUCACACAUCUCUGAGAAGAGACUGGUGGUUUUUAAAGUGUCCAGGUCUUUAAAAUCACCCUACUACACCAGACUAGUUAAGGGCUAGAAUGAUAUCUUCAACUGAGACUCAUUUGACACUCUAGAUCCAAACUGUUACAGACCUAUAUCCAUCCUGCCCUGCCUUUCGAAAGUUUUUGAUAGCCAAGUUAACAAACAGAUCACCGACCAUUUUGAAUCCCACCGUACCUUCUCCGCUAUGCAAUCCAGUUUCCGAGCUGGUCAUGGGUGCACCUCAGCCACGCUCAAGGUCCUAAAUGAUAUUAUAACCGCGAUCGAUAAUAGACAGUACUGUGCAGCCGUCUUCAUCGACCUGGCCAAGGCUUUCGACUCUGUCAACCACUGCAUUCUUAUUGGCAGACUAAAUAGCCUUGGUUUCUCAAAUGACUGCCUCGCCUGGUUCACCAACUACUUCUCAGAUAGAGUUCAAUGUGUCAAAUCUGAGGGCCUGUUGUCUGGACCUAUGGCAGUCUCUAUGGGGGUGCCACAGGGUUCAAUUCUUGGGCCAACUCUUUUCUCUGUGUAUAUCAAUGAUGUCGCUCUUGCUGCUGGUGACUCUCAGAUCCUCCUCUAAGCAGACGACACCAUUUUGUAUACAUCUGGCCUUUCAUUGGACACUGUGUUAACAAACCUCCAAACGAGCUUCAAUGCCAUACAACACUUCUUCCGUAGCCUCCAACUGCUCUUAAACACUAGUAAAACUAAAUGCAUGCUCUUCAAUCGAACGCUGCUGGCACCCGCCCACUCGACUAGAAUCACUACUCUAGGCGGCUCUGACUUAGAAUAUGUGGACAACUACAAAUACCUAGGUGUCUGGUUAGACUGUAAACUCUCCUUCCAGAUUCACAUUAAGCAUCUCCAAUCCAAAGUGAAAUCUAGAAUUGGCUUCCUAUUUCGAAACAAAGCCUCCUUCACUCAUGCUGCCAAACAUGCCCUCGUAAAACGGACUAUCCUACCGAUCCUUGACUUCGGCGAUGUCAUUUACAAAAUAGCCUCCAACACUCUACUCAGCAAAUUGGAUGUAGUCUAUCACAGUGCCAUCCGUUUUGUCACCAAAGCCCCAUAUACUACCCACCACUGUGACCUGUACGCUCUUGUUGGCUGGUCCUCACUACAUAUUCGUCGCCAAACCCACUGGCUCCAGGCCAUCUAUAAAUCACUGCUAGGCAAAUCUCCGCCUUAUCUUAGCUCAUUGGUCACCAUAGCAACACCCACCCGUAGUAUGCGCUCCAGCAGGUAUAUCUCACUGGUCAUCCCCAAAGCCAACACCUCCUUUGGCCGCCAUUCUUUCCAGUUCUCUGCUGCCAAUGACUGGAACAAACUGCAAAAAUCUCUGAAGCUGGAGACUCUUAUCUCCCUCACUAACUUUAAGUAUCAGUUGUCAGAGCACCUUACCGAUCACUGCACCUGUACACAGCCCUUCUGAAAUUAGCCCACUCAACUACCUCAUCCCCAUAUUGUUAUUUAUUUUGCUCAUUUGCACCCCAGUAUCUCUAUUUGCACAUCAUCUCUUGCACAUCUAUCAUUCCAGUGUUAAUACUAAUUGUAAUUAUUUUGCACUAUGGCCUAUUUCUUGCCUUACCUCCAUAACUUGCUACAUUUGCACACACUGUAUAUUUAUUUUCUGUGGUAUUUUUGACUUUAUGUUUUGUUUUACCCCAUAUGUAACUCUGUGUUGUUGUUUUUAUCGCACUGCUUUGCUUUAUCUUGGCCAGGUCACAGUUGUAAAUGAGAACUUGUUCUCAACUGGCUUACCUGGUUAAAUAAAGGUUAAAUAAAAUAAACAAAUAAAUGUGUCACUUGUUUCCCUUUGCCUUGCACCACAUUUGCCUCUGUAGCUGUAAGCCCAUUUCAAAGCUUUUUCCUGAACGCUCAUAUCUCUCUCUGUGUUAUCAGGUGGGGAAACACACCCCUGGAUGAUGCCAGGCAGUUUGGUCGGGACGGGGUGGUGUCAGUCUUGACGGAGUACCAGCGGAUGUACCCAUGCAGUAGUGAGUCCCAGUCCGAAACAGAAGACCAGAGAAAGUUAGACACAUUGAAGGUGGUGGUUUAA